AUGGUGAGCCCUCAAAGCCACGAGCGGCGGCAGGCCAUCAAGGCUCUCCGUAACCAGAGCAUCAAAACCAUUACCGGUUACACAAUCAUCGGCUUCUGCAAUGUCGUCCUCGCCAACAUCGUCUUCUCCGCCAGCUACCUCGUCAUCCCCUACUCGCGGCCCGUCGUCCUCCUCAUCCAACUCCUGCCCGCCCUCGCCGCCAAGCUCCUCACCCCCUUCCUCCUGCCCUUCCUCCCCUGGCGCCUUCGACCCUGGCUCUUCGCCGCCUGCUGGUCCCUCGCCAUCUUCGUCACCUCGGUCACGCCCGCCAACGUUCCCGCCGUCUGGCGCGUGCUCAUGACGGCCCUCGCCGCCGCCACCGCCGCCGCCACCGAGGUCUCGUGCGCCGGCCACCUGCGCCACUUUGGCCGCGCCGGGCUCGCCGGCUGGGGCAUCGGCACCGGCGCCGCCUCCCUGCUCGCCGCCGUCGCCCCGUACUUCCUCUCCGUCAGCCUGCAUGUGCCGCUGCGCGCCGCCGUCGGCCACGCCCACUACUUCAUCGGCGCCGCGCUCGUCGCCGGUUCCAUGAUCCUGCGCCGCCCGCCCGUCUUCACCACCACCACCGUCGACAGCAUCAAGUUUGACGCGCGCGCCGCCGAGGAGGGCGGCUCCUUCGUGGUGCUGGAGCCACCAGCGCAGGGCGAGGCGCAGGCGCAGACCUGGACGGCGCGGAUCGAGCACAACCUGCGUCUGGUCGAUCCACUCGCCAAGCCGUACAUUCGCUCGCUCUGCUUCGCCUUUACGCUGCAGGCGCUUGUCGCGCCGGGCAUCGCGCGCGCCCUCGCCCGCUCCGACCUCUUCGCCCACUUCGAGACCUUUACCGCCGUCUACGGACUUGCCUUCCAGGCCGGCAACCUGGUGUCGCGCUCCACCAUCCUGCUCGUGCGUGUCCGCCACCUCAACCGUCUCACCUCGCUGCUCGCCGUGCUCAGCGCCGCGGUGCUCCUCAACGGCGUCGCCGCGCUCGUCUCCUCCCCAUACCUGGUGCUGCCCACCGUCUUCGCAGCCGGGCUCCUCGGCGGUGCUGUCUACGCCAACGUCUUCGCCUCGGCCCUCGAGCAGAUGGCCGUGGACAGGCCCGCCGACGCUGAGUUUGGCCUCGGCGUCAUCGGCGUCGGCGAGACGGCUGGCACGCUGUGCGGCUCGUUGCUGGCGGCGCUGGCGGAGCAGAGCCUCUGCGGCGUGGACGCAGGGACCGGCACGCGGUGGUGCUACACCAAAACGUAG